CUGUGCGCAGACAGCAUUGAAAUGGACCAGAUACCGAAUUUCACCGGCACAGUCGCCAGCGAAUCGACCGAGAGUACGGUUCUACAAUGAUGAUCAGGCUGAGCAUUCCACUGGGCCAAGUUCUGCUUCUGGCCUUGGCCUUCGCGGCAGCCACUACAAAGAGGCAACAGCAACUCAAUGUCGAGCAGCUGCGUCAACUGGGUCUGGGCAACAUAAUCAACCUGCCCAACUAUACCGAUCUGCCUCGUGGCAGCUACGACUUCAUCGUGGUCGGAGCUGGCGCCGCUGGCUGCACACUGGCCGCGCGCCUCUCCGAGAACCCCAACUGGACUGUGUACUUGAUAGAGGCGGGCGGCGUGGAGAACUUAAUGCAUCUGAUACCGGUGCUGGCGCCCAUGCUGCAGCUGACUGCCUCCAAUUGGAACUACAAAUCGCAGCCGCAGCGUCACGCCUGUCGCGGCAUGAACAACCACGAGUGCGCCCUGCCGCGUGGCAAGGGUCUGGGCGGCACCAGCUCCAUUAACUUCAUGAUCUACAAUCGCGGCAAUCGACGCGACUUUGACUCCUGGGCGGAGCGGGGCAACCACGGCUGGAGCUACGACGAGGUGCUUCCCUACUUCCUGCGCAGCGAGUCCGCUCAUUUGCAGGGCCUGGAGCACUCGCCCUACCACAAUCACAGCGGGCCCCUCAGCGUGGAGGACGUCCGCUUCCGCAGCAGCUUGGCCCACGCGUAUGUGCGUGCCGCCCAGCAGGCGGGCCACUCACGCACCGACUACAACGGGGAGUCGCAGCUGGGCGUUUCCUAUGUGCAGGCCAACACACUGAAGGGGCGACGGCACAGCGCCUUCAGCGCCUACAUCGAGCCAGUGCGACCACUGCGCAAGAAUCUCCACAUUCUGACCAUGGCUCGGGUCACGCGAGUGCUGAUUGACGAGUCCACCAAAUCCGCCAUCGGCGUGGAGCUGCUGCACGGCCGUCGUCGCUUCGAAGUGCGCGCUCGCAAGGAGGUCAUCCUCUCGGCGGGGGCCUUCAAUUCGCCGCAGCUGCUGAUGCUGUCGGGGAUCGGGCCGGAGGAUAAUCUGCGGGCUAUCGGGCUGCCCGUGGUGCAGGCUCUGCCAGUGGGCAAGCUGCUGUACGAUCACAUGUGCCACUUUGGACCCACCUUUGUGACCAACACCACGGGUCAGACGACGUUUCCAACACGUGUUACCCUAUCUGACAUUCUGUCCUUCUAUCUGGCCGGCAAUCCGGCAACGCGUCUCAGCUCCAUUGGGGGUGUCGAGGCGUUGACCUUUCUAAAAUCGCCUCGAUCACGGCGGCCCAGCGAUUGGCCGGAUCUCGAGUUUAUAUUCGUGGCGGGCAGUCUGGCCAGCGACGAGGGCACAGCACUCAAGCUGGGCGCCAACUUCAAGGAUGAGAUCUACGACACGCUCUACAGGCCGCUGCAGCUGGCGAGCCAGGAUCAUUUCACGCUGCUUGUGAUGCAAUUUGAUCCCAAGUCGGUGGGUCGCCUCUGGCUGCACAACCGUAAUCCCUUCACCUGGCCCAAAAUCGAUCCCAACUAUUUCCGAAAUGAGGAGGAUGUAGAGUACCUGCUCGAUGGCAUCAAGGAGGCCAUCCGCAUCACCCAGAUGCCAGCCCUCCAGGCACUGGGCACCCGACUCCUAGAUCGCCCCGUGCCCGGCUGUGAGCACAAGCUCUUUGGCUCGGACGACUACUGGCGCUGCUCCAUCCGCACCAUGUCCUACACACUGCACCACCAGGUGGCCACCUGCCGCAUGGGGCCAGCGAGCGAUCCCACUGCCGUGGUCAGCCCGGAGCUGAAGGUGCACGGCAUGCGCAAGCUGCGCGUCGUCGACACCAGUGUCAUUCCCCUGCCGCCCACCGCCCACACAAAUGCGGCUGCUUUCAUGAUCGGCGAGAAGGCGGCCGACUUGAUAAGAGGCGAUUGGCUUUGAGCUUGCAGAGGCUUA